UAAAAAUCACGUGACUCAAUGUCACGUGACUAACCGCGGAAGUGAGACCAUAGUGGUAAAGCUUCCCUCAUUAAAAGCUUCUUUGCUGCUACUCCCAAGUCAGCUCCGCUCCAGAAAAUGGUUGUGUAAACAGAUGGUCUGUACGACAGGUUGCAGUCGCCGCAAUCGGAUGAUCCUGGCAAGAUAUCUUCAAGUAGUCGAGGCCUUAUUUAAUCGAAUAUUGUCAGCGUAAUAAGAAGAGGUGUUUGUUUAAACGCAACCUGAACAUACGGGUUCCUCAGAGGAAACUCGGUUAACUUGUUAGCUCACCACUGCUAGCAAGACGUGCUUGCGUGAUAUUCCAGGGUUCUUUAUUUUUAAGCACUCAGUUUACUACGUCUGAGCGAUAUUCCGUUUCCAAACCUGAGUGAAUAUUAUGCAUUCAGCUGGUGUUUGUAGCAAUAAGUGCGCAAGUUAGCAAGUUUGGCUAGUUUGAUUGGAGUGACAGUGUAUGCAGGAGGCCUGAGUCACAUCUGCAGGACGUAUUUACUCUAAAACAUAUUUCAACAGCCUGAGAUGCUUCUCUCGUCUUACAGUAGAUAAACUACACGAUUAUCAGCUGUGUUCGAUGCUCUAAAGAUUUAGAAGUUUGCUAGCUCGCUAGAUUAUGGCAUGGUAGGAGUGGAAGAUACCUUGCCCACCAACAUCCUUACACAAUUCAGCAUCUCUCGUGGUGUUUUAGUUGCGAUAUCUGAAGCUCAGUCCAGAUUUGGAGAAGCAGGAUCAUCAUCUGCAUGUGCUGAUGUUGUGUAACUGGCCCGCUCAUCUGGAUCUGCGCACUUUGCUGUCUGCUUGACCUCACAGCUGGGCUUUCUCCUUAUCAAGAUACUGAACAACGACCAACCAUGUCUGACAACCAAGGCAAUGUGAACAACGUCCCACUGAACAAUAACGGCGGGCCGAACCGGAUCCGGAACCCCGCGAUGAACCAGAAUCCUUUGAUCAACGUGCGAGACCGACUCUUCCACGCCUUGUUCUUUAAAAUGGCAGUCACGUACGCCAGACUCUUCCCACCAUCCUUCAGACGAAUAUUCGAGUUCCUCGUCUUGUUAAAGGCGUUGUUUAUGCUCUUCAUCCUGGCCUACAUCCACAUUGCCUUCUCGCGCUCUCCAAUCAACUGCCUGGAGCAUGUGCGGGAGAAAUGGCCCCGCGACGGCAUCCUGCGUGUGGAGAUCCAGCGCAACUCCAGCCGUGCACCCAUCUUUCUGCAGUUCUCCGAGACGGAGGGAAUCCAGGGCCUCAUGAAGGAAGCAGAGGACGGAAGUGAAACCAGACAGCCAGUGGUGCCCACAGACCCUGAAGAGGAGGAAGAGAUGACCAUGGAGAUGUUUGACAACAGCACAGUACAGUUUGAGCUGGACAUCGAGCCCCGUCUGAAUCCGUCGAUGAGUGGUGGUGUUCCUGGCUCCAGCCUGAAUGAAUCCCAGGAUCUGUCCUUCAGCCAGGCCCCCUCUAAAGUGUGGCCCCAAGAAGAGUAUAUUGUUGAAUAUUCUUUGGAAUAUGGUUUCCUACGGCUGUCCCAGGCCACACGGCAGCGACUCAACAUCCCUGUCAUGGUGGUGACCCUGGACCCCAUGAAGGAUCAGUGCUUUGGAGAUGGUUUCAGUCGCUUCCUCCUGGAUGAAUGUCUGGGUUAUGAUGAUAUCCUGAUGUCCAGUGUGAAGGCUUUAGCAGAGAACGAGGAAAACAAAGGGUUUCUGAGGAACGUGGUUUCUGGAGAACACUACCGAUUUGUCAGUAUGUGGAUGGCUCGUACCUCCUACCUAGCAGCCUUUGUAAUCAUGGUUAUCUUUACUCUAUCCGUGUCCAUGCUGUUGCGGUACUCGCACCACCAGAUUUUUGUUUUUAUAGUGGACCUUCUCCAGAUGUUGGAGAUGAAUAUGACAAUUGCCUUCCCUGCCGCCCCUCUCCUCACUGUCAUCCUGGCUCUUGUGGGGAUGGAGGCCAUCAUGUCUGAGUUUUUCAAUGACACAACCACUGCCUUCUACAUCAUCCUCAUUGUUUGGUUGGCAGACCAAUAUGAUGCCAUCUGCUGUCACACCAAUACGAGCAAGCGCCACUGGCUCAGAUUCUUUUAUCUGUAUCACUUUGCCUUCUAUGCGUAUCAUUACCGAUUUAACGGCCAGUACAGCAGUCUUGCUCUGGUCACCUCCUGGCUCUUUAUUCAGCACUCAAUGAUCUAUUUUUUCCACCACUACGAGCUUCCCGCCAUCCUGCAGCAGAUCCGGAUCCAGGAAAUGCUGCUUCAAAAUCAGCAGGUGGGUCAAGGAAACCAGACUGCAUUGCAGGACAAUCUCAACAAUAACACUAGCAGUGCUGCGCCCGCCGUCCAGGCUAAUGCAGCCGCUGAUGCGAACACUAACGGCCAGGACCUGCAAGCUGCUCCCGACCAACCUCUCCUCGAAGCUCACAAUGGCUUGGUGGUAAAUACCGGUCUGCCCAGCGAACCAUCAAACUCCGACCUCGACUGGAUGGCCGAGAUUGGCAUUGGCCCAGACGUCCUGUCAGUUCCACACUUGGUCGACUCUCUUUUGGAGCCGGUAAGGAUCGAGGAACCGGCGUCCUCUGGUUCAGGGGUAACAGAGCUGCAUGCUUCGAACACUGCAGGAGAGAACCAAGUUGUAAAUAUUAGUGCAGCCACUGCUCCUGCGGGACAGAGUUGCGCUCAGGGUCUGGGUCCCCCUGGUGGUGGAGGAGGACAGAUGGAAUCCGAAACUUCCUCGCCAGUGACUUCACACACAGACUGCAGAGUUGCAGAAACGCUUAAAGGCGCCACGGACUGGGAUGACAAGACGGAGACCAAUAGCAAAAGCUCAGACUCCCACUCUACCCCGGCUUGAGUUGCACAGACCCCAUUCUGAAUGAAUGAAUCCAUGCUCUACAGUCAUCACCCCUCUCUGUAAAUUAUUCCAGAAGGCAUCAAGAGGAGAAGCUGUGAUGAAGCUUUAUGUAAUUACAUCCUGGAAACCUCCGACGUGAACAUGAAGCGUGCUGAAGCCGACGUCCGCCAUCUAGUCAUGUUCUUAAGAGUAAAUUCGUAUUGAAUAGUCCAAAUGAUGCCAUGUGUGAGGGUGUGAUCAUUUGAAGUCUUUAUAUGUGAUUUUCUUUUUUUUAAUGAUUGAAGCAUUUAAUACAGGGACUAUUCAGUUUAAAACGUGAUGUAUCGCUCAAUAAUGGUACUUUUGUUUCUCCUGAUUUUGGAGUUGCAGGUAUCAGUGGGCUGCACAGGCAGCAGUCUUGCAUUGAAUCUGAAUACAAGUCACACUUUGCACAUCUCGUGCAAGGAUUUUUUUGGCUUUCUUUCCAUUCCUUUAAUGGUAUAACAUUUAAUGCUGCCUACUUGAAGCGGUGAAAAUUAAUUGAGUCAUGUUAAAACUGUUUUGACCUCUACUACCAUGUUCACUACAGCAGGCCACCAAAAUGUUCGACCUGCCGUUGCAUUCAGAUAUGGUGUGGUCCUAGGUGUGGAGCAGCUUGACUCCUGAAUCCAAUGCGGUCAGAAUCAAUGGUGGUCAGAGUGCUUUGAUGUAGUUGAAGUGGACGUCAAAGCAACAUUGUACUCCGAAUAAGUCCUCCUUCCACAUGAUUCUCAUGGCUUUGUAAACCUCAUCAAGAGACAUUUGUUCUGUGGUUAGUUUAUACAGAGAUGUUGUCUUCUGCACAGACUCUUCAGUGAGUCUUUGGUUUUUCUUCAGGUCAAGUCUGGCUUUGAGAGAGAUGGUGUAUAUAUUAUUGCCUUAUGCUUCUUAAACUGAAGCAUCAUCAACCUUGUAUUUCCGUCUUUGGCCAAGUACAUUGGGGUCGAUAGCCUUACCAGAGGCUUCAAAGCCAGUAGAGAGAAUGGCAACCGAGGCAAGAAUGAACAUGUAGUUGCUUUAACAGAAAGAUUUGGGAACAGCCGUAAGCAGUGAAAGUCAGACUGUGCUCAUUUCACAGCAUUGCAGCCCAUCAGCUAAAGUCACUGAUCCAAAAGUCUGUUGUUCAUAUUUUGCUUUUAUAGAGGUUUCUCCAUAUGUUUUACUUGGGAAGAUCAGAGGCUUGAAUGAUCUUUAUUACCAUUUGUAAAAACUUCACUAAAUGCACCGCAAACUAAGAGAACAAACAAAGGAAACUGUUGUCUGUUGUGACACAUGACUGUGGAUGGGGAUGGUCAUUUAAAGGCUAUGCAACAAUAUGGCAAGUAAAAGCCAGGCUCUGGAUUAUUUUUUUUUUUUCAAAUUGUGCAAUAUUUUGUAAGGCUCCCAUCCAUAAAGGAUAAUAGGUCUGAAAGAGUGAUUUGUGGUUUUAUGAUCAGUUUCUCAAUAUUCUUAAUUUUUUUCGGUGCCUAUUUGCCAUUGUCUGAGGAAACAGAUGAUUGUAGUGUUUAGAUGCAUUGUGUAGGAUGUCUUGACAGAAAAUCUCAGUUCUGUGAUCCUGUCAUUCAAAUGUAUUUAACUGUAAUGUUUGCAUAAAGAGAUGAAAUUAAUUUCCACUUAGAACUA